GCCGGCGGGCGGCCAAGGCGCCAGUUUGAGACAAGGAGUGACGGUAUUAGGAGAGUGGCCGUGUGCUGCUGGUGCCUUAUUUAACAUGGAUUUACGCUGGUCAGGACGGUGACACGGGCCGCGGCUGCCUGUGAGUGCUGGUGUAAGCUUGGUGUCUGGCUGAGAGUGCCAGCUGUGGCCUGGAGCUGCUGAGAACUGCCAUCAACACUACAAUACUGGUCUACCGGACGUCCUAUCCUGACUACCGCAAUAGUUCCUAGCCAAAGUCAGCGUUACAAGAACCACUACCACUACUACUACCACCACUACUACUACUAUUUGGUGGCCUGUGACCUGCUAUACAAUGAAGAGGCCGCUGUAUGAUGGACAAGAGUGCGCUAACAGAAGCUGUGUCAAUGCUGCAACAGGCGUCCCCCGUGCUGUUGUGGCGGAAGGAGGUGGUGCUGUGGGGGACCGGGGUGAACAGCGUGUGGUGCCUAGUGGUGGUGCUGCUGUGUCUCCUGGUGGCGCUGUGGCUGCUGCGACCCAACAGGCACCUCCCGCCAGGCCCGUGGGAGCUGCCACUGGAGCUAACACACGCAGAAGGAGUCCUAGAGGUGGCAGGGUCCUUCCUCCAUCACGUGGGUACCCAGGACAACCUUACCUUCACUGGGACCCAAGAGAAAGACCCCUAAAUACUGGCCAUCAUUUUUUUUUCCUCUGCGAGAAGGAAAGAUGAGAUUAGUGGGUCCACGGGGGAUCGAAGGAGGCUUGGAUACUGUUUACUGGGAUGGGUGAAAUAAAUGCAAGACAAAUAUACAUAUGAAAACAACGAUGUACUGGAUUGCAGGAAGAUAUUUUUGUUUAGCAGAAAAUAACGUUGAAAUUAUAGAAAACGAGAAAAAUUGGAAUGUAAAGAUUAACAUUUUGUGUGUUUAGGAGAAAAUUGUAUUAGUUUGUAUCUGUUAACCCCUUCAGUACCAGGACGCGUUGCUAUGUUCAUUCUGGUGACUAUUUGGUGAUUUUAUACAGCUUCAGAAACUUAUGUGGGAUUAAAAUAGUGAAGACUGUGGCCAUUAAUCUUCUGACCUCCAUAGACCCUUCCUAAUGUCAAUAAAAUGGUCUAAUCGCACACAAAACUCGUGGUAAAAUGCGUCCCAGUACUGAAGAGGUUAAGUUUGAAAUAAAGAGGUUUCAAUCCUUUAUAUUUCCAUGGGGUAGAAUAAAUGAAAUAAGUGAAAGUAGAAAAAAUAUUACAAGAAAAGGGAAAAUAGUGUAUGAAAUAAUUAUUGUUUAGUGGAAAGUAAUGAUAGUUUAGAUAAAGACUGAAAUAAAAGGCUUGAAUCUUUAGUAUUUUUGUAGGAUUGAAUAAAUACAAGUAGAGAAAUAUAUAAAACAAAAAAAAAUGUGUUAGAGGAAGAGUUCAUGUAUAAUUCAGAUAGAUUAGAGAUAUUAUAGGAAAGUGUGGUGAAUAAAGCAUAAGUGAGA